ACCCUGCAGAGCUUGCAUAACCUGUCUGGAAUGCGGUAGAAUGGGAGGUAACAUACACAAAGGCAAAGCUAAUUUCAGACGCACUGUAUGGGAAGACAAAUUGUGUGAACCAUUAUCUUUGUUUUACGGUUUAGUCCAACGAAGAAGCCAAGAUGGCGCGGAGAAAAGCUACUGGCACUUCUAGAGCUACGAGGCGGAGACACUGGUGGCAUUUGAGACAGCGAUGGAGGAUGCUAGGGGUGUUUGAGAUCAACGCAGAACAUGAGUUCUACCAUCUAACAGCCAUGAUAAAAGAGGGCAUGCAUGCUUCCAUUCAGACCACUAUGGACACACCAGACGAAGAUACACUCACAGCUGAACAUUUCAAGGCAGAGGAAACUAAAAGCCAUGAGGGGUUUGAGAUGCAGACAUUUGCAGCACCAGUGUUUGCCAAACUGAGGCGUUCACUGGACAUCACAGAGGAGGAAUACAUGAACUCCCUCUGCUCAGGCGGGUGCUACCUCCAGUUUGUUAGCAACUCCAAGAGCAAGGCAGAUUUCUUUGUCACGAAUGACAAGAGGUUCUUCCUAAAGACCCAGAGCAAGCGCGAGGUCAAGUUUCUCCUGUCCAAUCUGCAGGCAUACAUGGACCACUUGGAGAAAUACCCUCAUUCACUGAUAGUAAGGUUUCUAGGUGUCCACAGGAUUGUUAUUCCGAAUGAGACAAAGAAGUACUUCAUCGUGAUGCAGAGUGUGUUUUACCCUGAUGAGAGGAUCAAUAUUAGAUUCGACAUUAAAGGCUGUGAGGUGGGCAGAUGGACCAACCCUGACACCGGUGGGAAACAAAUUAUAAAAGUGCUGAAGGACAAUAACUUCGAAGGGCAGCACAUUGCAUUAGAUCAAGAGAAAUCGUGGUUUGCCCAUCAAGUGAAAAUGGAUGCUGCCUUCCUUCAAGAGCUCAAUGUGCUGGACUACAGUCUCCUGCUGGCACAUCAACCUCUGCACCAAGAUGAGCUUGAUGGGAAACAUUCUUUGGCAAACCUUGUUAUGCGCACCACAAAGUCUCUGGACUUGGAUGACAGUCCCACAGGGUCAGACCCCCCCACCAUUCCAUUACUGGAAGGGACCACGGGUGAGGUGGACUGUGGGUCGGGCAAGCCACAGGCAGCAGCUGAGGGCUCAGGUGAAGGGAUCCCCCUCCAAGAGAUAAACUGCCGUGCAAAAGAUACCAGGACUGACUCAGAACUGCAGGAAUUCCACGAGCAUCAUCGUAGGCUACUGCCCAACUGCAAAAAUGCUAUCCAUGUUAUAGACGGGCUAGAGCGUCGCUACUUUGUGGGAAUUAUAGACAUUUUCACCGUCUACGGUUGGAAGAAAAGACUGGAGAACCUGUGGAAAAGCCUCCGCUUCCCAGGCAGGGCCUUUUCCACAGUCAACCCUGCCAAAUAUUCACACAGGUUCUGUCAGUGGAUACAGGACCACACUCAGUGACAAAAAACAUUCAUCCCAGUGUCCACCAGAUGGGGCUGUGUUGCCAGAGAUCUGCUGUCAUGCCAGGUGUGUUUUUGCAGGAGCAGCUUUUGAAUGUAUAUAAUAACCAACAUCUAUUGACAGUGGACAUAAGUUGCAUUUGAUUUGUUAUGGACUCUUCACAUACAUACAGGAAAAACAGUUUUGCUUCCUUGUUUCUGUCAACCUCCUACUCAUAUACUGUACAUACAAAAUAGAGUUACGGUCUCAUCAAAACAAAUUCACUACAUCACCAAAACGUUGAUGCUUUUGAAACAUGUUUAGUGGACAUGUGAACCCCGGUGAUGGAGCAGUGGUUCAAUCAGAGCACGACACAGCAGCAGCCAGACAUAUGAGUGGGAAUGUAGCCAAUAAGUGUUGGUGCUGAUAGAGAAUGUCUUUAUGUAUAGAGACAAAUGCCAGGGGUGCCAGGGUACUGUAAUAAUGAUGCAAAUAACUGAUAGGAAUAUGUAAAAACUUUGCAGUGAUAUGUGUAGAUUGUGGAGGUGGAAGCUCCCACCAUGGUCUGCAUUUCCACCUGCUCAGACAAUCAAGUCUUUCAUUUAUGUUGAGUCAUGUAUAUCAUUCUAUGUUGUGCAGUGUGAAAUGCACAACAACACAUUAAAUGUCCAGUGUGUAAUAUAUAAUAUUCAUAGGUGUGUUUUCAUGUAUAAUCACGUGAAUAGCGUAAUCGUUAUUCCAAAUAAUAAUAAAAUAAAAAUCAGGUUCCUCUGGCUCAUUCUAGUGUUCCAAAUGGCAUUUGCAAGAAAGACCAUGCCUGAACAAAAUCAGCCAAUCAGAGCCAAGUUGAUUGUUGAGUCUCAUUUCCAAGUCAUCACAUACUGAAGCCCUCAAUUUAAAUACCUUUAAAAGAGCCAAUACAACCAGCAGUUUCCCAGUUUCCCCAGUUGCCGAAAAUGACUAGAUUUCACUGCUGAGAGUAAUAUUUCACAGUUUAUAGCUCAAGAAAAUUACUUUUUUGUUUGAAAGAUCAGGUGGAAAAGUUCUAUCCUUUUUAAAAGAUUGUAUCUGCUCAAACAAAGUAGGAGCUCGGUAAAAAAAAAAAAAACCUCCAUGUAGGCAUGUCGUUCGCCCUCUCUCUCCCCCGUCUCUCUCCCCGCUUUCCCGUCUAUCCUCACCUGUCCAAUCAAAAAAUAAAAGCAUAAAAAGCAACCCAAAAAUGCAUUAAAAAAAGCUUAGAUUAAAAAAAAGGGUCAACAGAGUGUGUGUGUGUGUGUGUGUGUGUGUGUGUGUGUGUGUGUGUGUGUGUGUGUGUGUUUCUGAGAGAGACAAAGACCAGGAGUUUGUGAGUUAGGUAGUGAAUAAAAAGAAAUGAGUCUAUUAGAAAAAAGCCCACAGUUUUUAUUUUUUGUAAAAUUCAAAUGUUUUAAUAAAUGAGUGUAUGUUGAAGUA